UAGAAGCAGGGAUAGGGUUAACGGAGAAAGCUACAGAUGUGGCAUGCAAGUUGAGAUUUUGUGGGAUGAAAGUAGAACUUUGUGUUUCUGGCCUGUAAAUGAAACAAAGCUGACACAUGAGAGCUUGUAAGGAGCCUUCCUGGCAGCGAGCUCACUUUUGUUUCUGUGGAGUGUUGCAUCUCUUGGCAGCAAGAUGCAAUGUGUAUCUGGCUCAGCGUUAGUGACUGGCUGAAUGGAGAGUGUGAAGGAAAGGCCUUUCUCCAGGCGGAAACUUCCUCCUGGUCCAGGACUAACAGAGGAGCCUGACAGAGGGCCCAUUGUGUACUGGGGCCCAGUAGAUCCGCACAUGAAAGCGGCGCAUGCUUUACUUUCACCCCAGUCAAAGAAGUGAAGAUAAAUAUCUCACACUUAACUCUUAUUCUCUUAUCCAGAAACACUCUGGGGGGCUGUCUUUCUGUGUAUUUUGUUUCCGCAGCAGGUUCUUCCUUCAUGUGUAUGUGUGUGUGUGUGUGCAUGUGUAUAUGUGUGUGUGUGUGUGUGUGUGUGUGUGUGUGUGUGCGUUAAGUGUGCCGUGGUGUGGGCUGGGUACUGCUACUCCUGCAGAUGUGACCAAAACCGAUCUCUCCCCUCAGCUCGGCCUCAGUGCCUACCUUCGCACACACACUGCAGGUAGAGCACCCGGGGGCUAGGAGUGCACACACACCCCCACGCGCACACGCACACACACACACACACACACACAGACAUCCCCAUACACGACAAUAUACAAACACACACGAAUACACACCCAUACCCCUUCUCAAAGCCGCCGUGAGAGACCCGUUACUUUGGGCAGGCCCACCAGCCCUGUGCAUGUCCGAACUGAAGUGCAGGACCAUCCGGGAAAGCAGGAGACAGAGGUGGACGAUAAUGAUGACGCCAUGCAGGUUAGUUUUGGGACUCCUGGUCCUGAAUGUCGUUCUGGCUUCUCCCCCAAGAUACACCCGACAAGUGGAGCCAGACAACUUCGACGAGGACCUCGAAUAUUACGAUGACCUGACCACGGAUGAACCUGAGAUAGAGAUUAGCACUGUGGCCCCAGAUGAGGACAAUGAUCCCGAAACUGAAGCCUCACUAGAGGGAGAGGAAGAGGAACCAAAAUGGGAACCAGAAAAAGAAAGUGGGCACGAGGAAGAAUUACCUAUAACGCCUUCGCUCAUCCCAUCAGGCUCUGGAGUACCAGGGGUUUUGUUCGGACCAGACACUCCGGGAGAGGAAGAGCUGCGUCUGCGUCUGCGUUCUGGAGGUUCUGGGGAUAGUGGAGCAUCAGGGAUUUCUGGAAAGAUUCCUGAUGCUAGAGAAUACCAUUCUGGGGAGCCUCUGGGAUCUGGAGGUUCUGGGGGCUUGGGUUCUGGAGGCUCUGCAGAUGAGUAUCUGAUGACUUUGUUUCUGGAGUAUCUAGUGGUUCUGUCUCUGGAGUAUCUGGAGACCUUGUUUCUGGAGUAUCUAGUGGUUCUGUCUCUGGAGUAUCUGGGGACUUUGUCUCUGGUGCAUCUGGAGACUUUGUUUCUGGGGUCUCUGGAGACUUUGUUUUUGGAAUGUCCGGAGACUUUGUUUCCGGAGUAUCUGGAGACUUUGUAUCCGGAGUAUCUGGAGACGUUGUUUCCAGAGUAUCUGGAGACUUUGUUUCCGGAGUAUCUGGAGACUUUGUUUCCGGAGUAUCUGGAGACUUUGUUUCCAGAGUAUCUGGAGACUUUGUUUCUGGAGCCUCUGGGAACCUUUUUUCUGGAGAUUCUGGGGACUUUGGCUCUGGACCCUCUGGGGACCUUAUUUCUGGAGAUCCUGAGGAACAUAUUUCUGGAGAUUCUGGGGACUUUAGCUCUGGACCCUCUGGGGACCUUAUUCCUGGAGAUUCUGAGGAACAUAUUUCUGGAGAUUCUGGGGACUUUAGCUCUGGACCCUCUGGGGAUCUUAUUUCUGGAGAUUCUGAGGAACAUAUUUCUGGAGAUUCUGGGGACUUUGGCUCUGGACCCUCUGGGCUGGCCAGAGGAGGAGAUCUACGUUACAGUUAGCACUGGCCCCGAAGAAGCUUUUAAGGAGCCCGUUUCUGGGGAAUCAGGGGUACUAGAGCCACCUCUACUCCCUGAGGAGCAUGUGACUUCAGGGCCUCCUGAGGAAUCUGAGGUUCCUGAGGAAUUUGUAACAAUCAUCCCUACUCUACUGGAAGAGGAGGAGCUGUUUCCCACCACCCAGACCCUACCCCAGGAGGGGGCUGGGAGUACAAUGGGUUCAGGGCUACCUGACCCUGAUGUUGAUGUCAAUGAAAUUGAAGUCCAUGAAGGUCUGCCCACCUGCCUGCUGUGUACCUGCCUGGUAGGAUCUGUGUACUGUGAAGAUGUGAAGUUGGUGAACGUGCCUCCUCUUUCCAAAGAUACCACUCACUUCUAUGCCCGCUUCAACAGGAUCACUAAGAUCAACAAAUCAGACUUUGCUAACAUGAACAAACUGAAGCGGAUCGAUCUGACAAGUAACGCCAUCUCGAUUAUCGAAGACGGCGCUUUCUUUGGCCUACCCGCUUUAGAGGAACUGGUAAUACGUGAAAACAGUGUGGCUCAACUCCCAGCGCUGCCAGUCACCAUGACCCUUGUUGAUGCCAGUCACAACCGCCUGGGCAGAACCGGUAUCCAGAACGAAGCCUUCAAGGACAUGACAGGACUACUUUACCUCUACCUGACGGACAACGGCAUCGAUCACAUCCCUGUUCCUCUGCCUGAUAGUCUCCGCUCUCUGCACCUACAGAACAACAACAUCCAGAUGAUACAUGAAGACACGUUCUGCAAACGGAACGACUUGAGCUACAUUCGGAGGGCGCUGGAGGACAUUCGCCUGGAUGGCAACCCCGUCAACCUGAGCAGAACUCCACAGGCUUAUGUGUGUUUGCCACGUAUUCCUGUUGGUGCCCUUAUUUAAAACACACACACACACACACACACACACACGUUUCCAACUUUUUUUUUUUUUUUUUUAAACUUUGGGCUGGAGUAAACACGUGUAUGAAUGCCUGUCUUGUACAAGAGGUUUUCUGUGCACACACACACACACACACACACACACACACACACACACACACACACACACACACACACACACACGUGCAAUAAACACACAUCAUUUAACAUGUUUAAAUGUUAAAUAUGACAAAUUAAUAUGAUGUGUAGGUGAAUAUUUAAGAAC